CCGGAAGUGGCGUCACGAGACAGCUUGGUGUUGAUUGAAUGUAGCUCAGAGUCUCUGGACUGCUGCGUUCUCCUUCCUGCUAUGGUGGUUUCGCUUCAGAAACAAAUGGCCAUGCCCCUGGAGCCAGAGCACCUCAGAUUGUAGAAUGACUUCAAACCUUGGGGACAGAAGUUACAGUAGACAAAGCCCUGAGUGGAUCUGUUGUCACACACCACAUGGCCUAGACUAAUAACCAUGUUAUAUUAUGGAAAGUACAAAAUUCCUUUACUGCAUCAGUGUCUAACUGCAUAAAGAAGUGUGUGGUUCUGACAUACCAUGUGACAUUACCAUUUCUACUUGAGUCCUUCACAUAAAGCUUUCAUAAACCUUCCAGCCUGAUAUCUGUGACCUGCUUUAUAUGCGAGAAAUAUAGUCCAUCCUCAGAAUGAAUCUUAUUUUGGCCAAGUUGCUGUGCCUGCUGGCAAUAUUUGUGCUGAUGAUGUUGGGGUCACUUAUACCUGUCAAGAUAACAGAGCCGGAUUUUGAUAAAGCUUCUCGUUCUCGGAAAAUCCUUGCACUGUCAAAUUCAUUUGCUGGCGGUGUGUUCUUGGCUACCUGCUUUAAUGCUUUGCUUCCUGCAGUGAGAGAAAAGUUUUUUGAACUUCUGAAAAUGGGAAACAUUUCUACAGAUUACCCCUUGGCAGAGACUAUUAUGGUGGUCGGGUUCUUUCUCACAGUUUUUGUGGAACAGACUGUUUUGACAUUCCGUAAGGAAAAACCUUCUUUUAUUGACAUGGAGACAUUUAAUGCUGGAUCAGAUAUUGGCAGUGACUCUGAAUUUGAAAGCCCUUUUAUAUCAGCCAAUCACGGCCAUAAUCUGUAUGAAGGAGGUCAUAGCCAUCACUCUCACAGCCUCAAUAUUAAAGAACUAUCCAGCUCAAGUCCUGUGCGGCUCUUCAGUUUAGUGUUUGCUUUGUCUGCUCACUCUGUAUUUGAAGGGCUUGCUCUAGGCUUACAGGAGGAUGGGAAUAAGCUGCUUAGCCUUUUUAUUGGCGUUGUUAUUCAUGAAACUUUGGUGGCUGUGGCACUUGGUGUCAGCAUGGCAAAAGUAAACAUUCACCUGAAAGAUGCAGUAAAAAUGGCAGUCUUGGUGAGCACAAUGAUCCCUAUUGGUAUUGUAGUUGGAAUGGCAAUACAGAGUGCUCAGAACAUGGCCAGCAGCAUUGCGUCAGCUCUGUUGCAAGGCAUUGCUGGAGGCACCUUUCUCUUUGUUACCUUUUUUGAAAUUUUGGUUAAGGAACUGGAGGAAAAAAAUGAUAGGUUGCUAAAAGUGCUCUUCUUGGUUUUAGGAUACACUGUUUUAGCAGUGCUUGUCUUAUUUAAAUGGUAAUGCAAAAAUAGAGACUCGCUGAUAUGUUCUGUGUGUUUAUAAUGGAUAAAAUACCACAUAUUAUUAUUUAUAAAGUCAUUAGAAUUUUCGAAGUGGUUCCAUGACAAUAUAAAUGCAGGGAUGCUUUUAUACAGGUUAUAGAACUGUGAGAUCAAUUUUAGUAGGGGUACAUUUUUCCAUUAUAAGUCUGAGGUGUGACAACAUUUGCAGCUGUUCUGUCAGCACUGUCGAUUCUGCUGUUUAAUUGUCUGAAAUAUAUAAGUGCAUAAGCUAUAGGCAAGUAACAGCCUCCAGCUUUUGAUGAACUACCAGCACAUUACUAUAGACUGAAAAUUACACCUGAGGGGUUGAAGGUUAGCUACUGCUUAUACAUACACGUAUCCUCCCAGCAACAAUAGCAGGAGGCUGAAAGUUGCAUCUGAAGGGUGGGUUUGUUAUUGUUUACAUAUUUUAAUUGUGAAUUGCUUAAAUGCAUAAGCCCAUUCAGAUGAAUAAUACAUUCUAACCAUCUAUAAUCAAGAGGGUGGGUGCUGGGUGACGCAGGUUAGCUACAACUGUGUUUUGUAAAUUUAGUAGUUGAAGCUGUGGUUGUGCAUCUGCUUCAUCCUCCUAUUCUACUUGCUUUCUCUUUAUGAGGGCACAAUUUAAGGCUGAGAGUGCAUAAUGGGAGACAGUCAAACCAGAAACUUGGGUUAGAUGGCUGACUACUCUUCUGUUAUUUUCCAAGGUUGGUUUUGGUUAGGGUGUUGCUGAACUACCAUCAAAACCAACACAUAUUUCCACUGGUCAAAUAACUAUAGGCAAAUUCCAGGACUUUCUUUAGGCGCAUAUUUCCACCGGUAAAACUUGCACUGCUGUAGGCACAGAUUUUCAGUUGUAACAACCAGUGUUGCUAUGGGCUCACAGAGGUAGCUGUGUCUGUAAAAGCACUCUUAGGUAAUGGCUGUGCUGGCAGAGCUGCUGUUGGUGCUGCUUUCGUAGCCUGGCCAGAGCAUUGCUUGUAAUUUUAAGUUAUAAACAGCACCUCCUGAUGUUUAUGCUGUUUAUUAUUAUGUCAUUUACAAGACGUGCAUAGUACAAUACCCAUUUGGGCAUGUCAUUUUGAGGGCUGUUUUAUUAUUAUUUUUAUAUUUUUUUUAAUGGAUUUUAAAAUAAAAUGUUUACUUCUUUGUUUUUGAUAGACUAACACAAUAGCUCUGCUGUU